CCCUCCCUUCCCUCCAUCGCUCUCCAAACCGCAUGUCACUUCGGAUCUAUCGAGGAGGCAGCGCGCCCCCUCGGUUGUGUCCGCACUGGCCCCGUGGCUACCUUAAAAAGUCGCUUCCCCUCGAAGGGGAAACGAGUAGAGUUCAAUCUCGUCGGAGUGAUACCCAAAUCCGGACAGAAAGGGUCGUUUUUAUCAUGCUCCUGUUUGUCGUGACGAUGCAAUUUUCAAAAGCGGAGCACUGUCAUAAAGUGACACGUCUGCCACAAGUGCUCCAACUGAUCUUUUCAAUUAGCCUUCCAUGCAUGAUCCGGGGCGACUUCCGCCUAUUUCCAGAAAUUAAGCUCAAACUUGACGUGCAGCUAGUUUUAUUUUAAAGACAAAUGUCAGAGAGACUCAUCAUAUUUUCCCCCUCUUCUAUAUUUGGAGCUUAUUUAUUGCUAAGAAGCCGAGGCUCCUGGAGUCAAUUUAGCAGGAGGCUCCAAAGAGAGGAGGAGAGCAGAACAGAGAGAGACACACAGAGAGGGAGAGAGAGAGCCCAGACCUUCUCCAGGGAGCCUUUGCCUCCAAAGCCUCAAGCUGCAGGUCACAGCGGCGUCAACCAGCUCGGCGGCGUGUUUGUCAACGGUCGGCCGCUGCCAGAUUCAACCCGACAGAAAAUCGUGGAACUCGCCCACAGCGGGGCUCGGCCGUGUGACAUCUCCCGAAUCCUGCAGACCCAUGCAGAUGCAAAAGUCCAAGUGCUGGACAAUCAAAACGUGUCGAAUGGCUGUGUGAGUAAAAUUCUGGGGAGGUAUUACGAAACUGGCUCCAUCCGACCGCGGGCAAUCGGAGGUAGCAAACCGAGAGUAGCGACUCCAGAAGUUGUAAGCAAAAUAGCACAGUAUAAACGGGAGUGCCCCUCCAUCUUUGCUUGGGAGAUCCGAGACAGAUUACUAUCGGAGGGGGUCUGUACCAACGAUAAUAUACCCAGCGUAUCUUCGAUCAACAGAGUCCUCCGCAACCUGGCUAGCGAAAAGCAACAGAUGGGGGCAGAUGGAAUGUAUGACAAGCUAAGGAUGCUGAACGGGCAGACCGGGACGUGGGGCACGAGGCCGGGGUGGUACCCGGGGACCUCCGUGCCAGGACAGCCAACGCAAGAUGGUUGUCCGCAACAAGAAGGAGGGGGAGAAAACACCAACUCCAUCAGUUCCAAUGGAGAAGAUUCAGACGAGGCCCAGAUGAGGCUUCAGCUGAAAAGGAAGCUGCAAAGAAAUCGGACCUCCUUCACCCAAGAACAAAUUGAAGCGCUUGAGAAAGAAUUCGAGAGAACUCACUAUCCUGAUGUGUUUGCCAGAGAGAGACUAGCUGCCAAAAUAGACUUGCCUGAAGCAAGAAUACAGGUGUGGUUUUCCAACAGGAGGGCAAAAUGGAGACGGGAAGAGAAGCUAAGGAAUCAGAGAAGACAAGCCAGCAACACCCCCAGCCACAUUCCCAUCAGCAGUAGUUUUAGCACAAGUGUCUACCAACCAAUCCCGCAACCCACAACACCUGGUUCAAUGCUGGGCAGAACAGACACCGCGCUAACAAACACAUACAGUGCUUUGCCACCCAUGCCUAGCUUCACAAUGGCUAACAACCUGCCUAUGCAACCCCCGGUACCCAGCCAGACUUCCUCUUACUCUUGCAUGCUGCCCACAAGUCCGUCAGUAAAUGGGAGGAGUUAUGAUACAUAUACCCCUCCUCACAUGCAGACACAUAUGAACAGCCAGCCAAUGGGCGCCUCUGGCGCAACUUCAACAGGUCUUAUUUCCCCUGGAGUGUCAGUUCCUGUUCAAGUUCCCGGCAGUGAACCUGAUAUGUCUCAAUAUUGGCCAAGAUUACAGUAAACCAUGUGUUGAUUUUGUAAAUGGCUCUAUGGACAACAGUUGGAGGUUUGGCUGUGUUUUCUCAAAGAAGAACGGCUUUCAGAGUACGUCUGUACUGCAACUGUGCCCUAUGACAUAACACAUGGAGAAAGACUUUAACAUGGACCUUUGUAUACAUGAAGGCAUUAUAUCAGUUGGAACAAAUCUUCAUUUUGGUAUCCAAACUUUUAUUCAUUUUGAUGUAUUAUUUGUAAAUGGGCAUUUGUAUGUUAUAAUGAAAAAAGAACAAUGUAGACUGAAUGGAUGUUUGCUUUUGUGUUGGUCAUGAAGUUGUGUUUUUUAUUUUAUUUUUAAAAAAGGAAGCCAUGAUCAACAAGCUUUGCCACGAAUUAAGAGUUUUAUCAAGCUAUAUCGAAUACUUCUACCAAUCUGUUCGUAGAUUUCAGACUGAUGCUCCAAGUUUGUAUCAUUCCAUUGCAUAUAAUUCAACCUGGAACAAUACGGCAUUAGAUUUCUGUAAGAAAAAUAUCUGUUGGGAUUUCCAAAGGUUAUUAACAGAUGAUGCUUAUGUGCAAACGAAGGAUCAAGAGAGAACUUCAAAGAAGAAAAGUUUGAUAGGAAAAGGAUAGAUUGUGUCUUCGAUAUAAUCCAAUUUGUUUUAUGUCAAAAUGUAAGUAUUUGUCUUCCCUAGAAAUCUCCCAGAAUGAUUUCUAUAAUAAAGUUAAUUUCAUUUAUAUUUGACAAGAAUAUUCUAUAGAUGUUUUAUACACAUUUUCAUGCAUCAAACGUUUCUUUUUUGGUCAGCAAAAGUUAAUUGUUCUUAGCUGAAGUUGUACUACUGUUCACAGUCCAAUCAUUUUUGUGCAUCUAAAAUUCAUUCCUAAUCAAUUAAAAGUGCUUGCAAGAGUUUUAAACUUAAGUGUUUUGAAGUUGUUCACAACGACAUAUCAAAAUUAACCAUUGUUGAUUGUAAAAACCAUGCCAAAGCCUUUGUAUUUCCUUUAUUAUACUAUUUUCUUUUUAACCUUA